UGUGUGUCUGAAAUGGAGAGUUAUUGCUGUGUCUGUGUGUCACAAAGGACCUCAAGUGCAUUUACUACGUUGGCGCAUUUACUAAUUAUAUGUUGCCAAGCGAAUGUGGGAACCGCUUCUUCCGACACCCACCUCUUGCAGAGUAGGAUGUGCCUUAUGCGGGUUCCUCGUUCAUAGAAGUUUCGCAUGGUGGCGCUCUCGCAUGUACCGGAAGUUGAAGGAAUAGGUUAACGCCUCAUACGUCCUAUUGAUAUUAUAUGUUUUUUCUGUGAAAGUACCAGAAAGGAUAGAAGAUGCAUAACUGUUGCGUGGUGGGUUGCAAACAUAACUCCAAUCAUGUGAAGGCAAAUGGGCAACGAUACAGAUUUUUUCGUAUCCCCUCUGAUAGCAGCAUGCGUAAACAAUGGAUGGCAAAGAUAAAUCGUGCUGACUUUGUCCCUAAAAAGCAUUCUAGGGUUUGCGACGAGCACUUUGUUGACAAGGAACCCUCAGUGUACCACCCAGUUCCAUGCCUGAACAUGGGAUAUCCAACAUCCAUUGUUAAAACUCGUUGGCGCAUCAAACCUUAUGCUACAAUCAAACCAGGCUCAACAGUGCCCAAGACAAGGAGGAAAAAAGUGGAAUCAGAAUUGCUGUCAGGGGCUGCUGUAUUCAACACCAGCAAUAAUACAUCCAAGCCAUUUUCUGAAGACAGCUGCCGCCAACAAGUCCAGAAUAUCAAAUGGCAAGACAAACUUUCCACCAGACAGUUGCCUGGGUCAUGCUUAGUAAGAAAGAUGUCCUAUGUUAGUUUGCUACGGCCUAACUUACAGAUGAAGAUAAAGUCCCAAAACACACAGACUGACAAAAACAUUGAGGUGAAGAUCACAGACAACACUGCAAGAAACAAUGAGGUCAAGGACAUAAGUAAGAGUGUCAGAAACUUUGAGAAGGUCACUGGCAAGACUGAUGGAAGCACUGAGGUGAAGGACACUUGUAAAACUGACAGAAACAUUAUGGUGAAGGACACUGGCAAGGCUGACAGAAACAUUGUGGUGAAGGACACUGGCAAAAGUGACAGAAAUAUUGUGAUGAAGAACACUGGCAAGGCUGAUAGAAGCAUUGAACUGAAGGACACUGGCAAGACUGACAGAAAUAGUGAGGUGCAGGACACUGGCAAGACUGAUAGAAGCAUUGAACGGAAGGACACUGGCAAGACUGACAGAAAUAGCAAGGUGCAGGACACAGUGGUUGGAGAAAGGUCCAAGGAUGAUAUUAUAGCUUCUCUGCAACUCAAAGUAGAGAUCUUGCAUGAAAAGAUUCGCAGGCUGACAGCAGCAAACUCUACAAGGUAUUUCGGUUUGCACAUCAUUGAAAACAAUGACAAGAAAACCAGGUUUUAUACAGGAUUUCCUACCUACAGCGCCUUCGAUGGGACAUAUGAGAGAAUGCUGAAGAAGAAGAUGGAGUGCAUAUCUCUCAACUCCAAGCCAAGGAAACAUGACUGGACUAAGCGAUGCUACAAGAAACCGGGCCCCAAACGCUCCCUGCCACUGAAGGAAGAGUUCCUGCUAGUCAUGAUGAAAUUGAAUCAAGGAUACGUAGAUGAGGACCUCGGUGAUAGGUUUGGUAUCCACCAAACUUCCGUGUGCAGAAUUGUACAUCAGUGGAUCCCAAAGCUUGCCAGCUCCUUGAAGAAAGACAAUAUAGUUUUAGGUGUGAAGGCUCUUGAAUCUGUUCAUGUGUUCAUGGGGAAAAACAUCAGCAUGCACAAGAAAAAAAGAAAAAAUGAGUCAAACUGUGAGGGGUUGUAAACCUAAUAAGCUGCAGUAUUUAUUUAAAAAUUAUUGUUAUGAACAUGAACUGAAUAUUGUUACUACGUGGCAUGUUGCUCAACUUCUGGCAAAGACAUACAAAUGACACCAGUGGAAAUAGCUUUACGUUAUUCUGCCUCAAGGUGAUGGUGUCAGAUCAUUGUGACCCAUGUGGCAGAGGAACCGCUUCCUGCAGUCUUUUAUGGGCUUGUCUGCAGGUCUAUAUUUCCAUUGGAUUAAAAUGUACCUCUAACUUCCAAGCCCAACAGAUACUCCUAACAAGUUGCUGAUGGUUGCCUUCACUACAGAGUCCCAAGUUACCAUGGAAUUUUUGCAGCUCUGAUAUUUGUUUUUGUU